CCAGCCUGGGAGACAGAGCAAGACUCCAUCUCAAAACAAAAAACAAAACAACACAAAAAAAGAAAAGAAAUAGAUGUAGUCAGGCCAGUCCUGGGAAGCAAAGGCCGUGCUGGGGAUGGGAGGAGGCAGACAGGUUCCAGAGACAGUGAAGGGAUCAACAGGACUCCUGAAGCCAUCAGUCAGUAGGAGCGGGUGGAGGAGAGGGACAGAUCCAGCUUGGUUUGCAUGAACACCAGGUUCAUCUGGAGGCUGACAUUUCUCCUUGACCUUUUUGUUUAGUCCCCACCCCCAAGGUCGCAUUAGCUACCUGCUGAGUUUAAUCAAAUCUCUUCCCGUCCUGGCAAUGCCCGGGAAUGAAGGGAUAAUCAGUCUAUUUCCAGAAUCCAAAGAGGUUUAGAAGAAAAAGUAGCUUUCAUUUAGCUGUUGGCCCUCCCACCAACGUUCCCCAAGUGAGCUGGGUGACUCAUACAUCUGAGACCCUCCGUAUGGAGACCGGGGCGGGGGUGUUGCUUAAUGCUUAGAACUGCUGAAACUACCAGUUCACUGUCUCAGCACUAAUCCAACUCUGCUCCUUAAGUGGGAUUUGGCUUUUAGACAUUGAGACCUGGACGCUGGGCAUCCUCGCUAGAUCCCCUACAAAUUCCCCACAUACACAGGCCAGGGGCCUCAGCGGUGCCUCUGCAGGCUCAGCUGGUGAGACGGCACCAGCUUGCUCAGAACAGGGGCUGGCUGUUCAUCGUCUCAGAGCAUAGAGACCCUCUCCUUGCCACCCGGCCCUUCCCACCUGGUUGGUGAGAAAUCACAAGGUGGUAGAAGUUGCCAGGGACAGGUAACAUGGCAGCCAGCGGGAAGACCAGCAAGUCCGAACCGAACCAUGUUAUCUUCAAGAAGAUCUCCCGGGACAAAUCGGUGACCAUCUACCUGGGGAAGAGAGACUACAUAGACCAUGUCAGCCAAGUCCAGCCUGUGGAUGGUGUCGUGUUGGUUGAUCCUGAUCUCGUGAAGGGAAAGAAAGUAUAUGUCACUCUGACCUGCGCCUUCCGCUAUGGCCAAGAGGACAUUGACGUGAUCGGCCUGGCCUUCCGCAGGGACCUGUACUUCUCCCGGGUCCAGGUGUACCCUCCUGUGGGGGCUGCGAGCACCCCCACAAAGCUGCAAGAGAGCCUGCUCAAAAAGCUGGGGAGCAACACAUACCCCUUUCUGCUGACGUUUCCUGACUACUUGCCCUGUUCAGUGAUGUUGCAGCCAGCUCCGCAAGAUACAGGAAAGUCCUGUGGGGUUGACUUUGAGGUCAAAGCAUUCGCCACAGACAGCGCCGAUGACGAAGAGGACAAAAUCCCCAAGAAGAGCUCCGUGCGGUUACUGAUCCGGAAAGUACAGCAUGCCCCACUUGAGAUGGGUCCCCAGCCCCGAGCUGAGGCGUCCUGGCAGUUCUUCAUGUCUGACAAGCCCCUGCACCUUGCGGUCUCUCUCAGCAAAGAGAUCUAUUUCCAUGGGGAACCCAUCCCUGUGACCGUGACUGUCACCAAUAACACAGAGAAGACCGUGAAGAAGAUUAAAGCAUUCGUGGAACAGGUGGCCAAUGUGGUUCUCUACUCGAGUGAUUAUUACGUCAAGCCUGUGGCUAUGGAGGAAGCGCAAGAAAAAGUGCCACCAAACAGCACUUUGACCAAGACGCUGACGCUGCUGCCCUUGCUGGCUAACAAUCGAGAAAGGAGAGGCAUUGCCCUGGACGGGAAAAUCAAGCAUGAGGACACGAACCUUGCCUCCAGCACCAUCAUUAAAGAGGGCAUAGAUCGGACCGUCCUGGGGAUCCUGGUGUCUUACCAGAUCAAGGUGAAGCUCACAGUGUCAGGCUUUCUGGGAGAGCUCACCUCCAGUGAAGUCGCCACUGAGGUCCCAUUCCGCCUCAUGCACCCUCAGCCUGAGGACCCAGCUAAGGAAAGUUAUCAGGAUGCAAAUUUAGUUUUUGAGGAGUUUGCUCGACAGAAUCUGAAAGAUGCAGGAGAAGCUGAGGAGGGGAAGAGAGACAAGAAUGACGUUGAUGAGUGAAGAUGUCAGCUCAGGAUGCCAGAAAAUGACCUGUAGUUACCAGUGUAAAGCCCCACAGUUUAGCCCUUUGGAGUUAUGCUAUGUAUGAAAGGAUGAGUCUUCUUCUGAGAAAUAAAGCUUGUUUGUUCUCCUCUGA